GAGAAACCCUCAUACCAGUUAAGGCGAUGGUAAAAGCGUGCCAGGCCGAUGAUGCUCUGGAAAAGCAGUUUGAGAGCCUGCUCAAACGGCAGGCGGGAGCAGAGGUUGGACUGUUAAUUGGAAAGCAUGCAGCUGGCGCAAAGGCCCUGCUGUAUGGAACUAUUAGGACCCCAGGCCAGGAGGGUCUGGAACCCAUCCUAGUUGCUGGAGCGGCAGUGCCUGCGUCAACAAAGGCGGGCAAGAAGUCUGCGGGCGCUGGCAGCGGCAGUGCUACGGUGACUUUGGAGGCUGAAUGGAUUGCGGAGCAUGCCAGGCAGGUAGCCCGCAUGCUACCCGGAGGCGUGUCCGUGCUGGGCCUCUACGUCUUCUGUCCCGACUCCGCCCUGCCUUCCGCAACCCCGCAGCUAUGCGGCCUGCUGGCCACCCUCGCACCCUUUUGCCUCCCGCCUUUCCUGCCUCCCGCCGGCCCAGCCACGUCAGCCACACAUGCAGCCGGGCAUGCAGACACCCCCUCGGACCUGCUGCUCCUGCACAUCGACUCCACCUCCCGCAAGCAGUCCCUGCGAGCCUAUCCCGCUGCCGCUGCUGCUGGGGGCGCUUGUAGCACCGCUGCUGCCGCGAGCACCUCGGGCCUGCGGCCCUGUGAUCUGCGGUUCGGUCCCUGUCUGGGCGGCUUGGUGCUGCUGCGAUGCUGGCACGGGGUCGACGUGGCGCUACCGGUGGCGGCGGCAGGCGGCAGCGGCGGUGCGGAGGGGGAGCGGAGUCAGAUGCGGCGGCAGCUGGCGGCACUGGUGGCGGAGGAGGGAGAGCGCAUCAGGUGUGGUGUGUUCACUGCUGCGGGCGGCUCACGGUUGCUUCCUGAGGGCGAACCGCUGGGUGAGGCGCUGGCGUCAGCUACGGCGACAGCAGCAGCGGGAGGCGGGGAAAGAGGGGGAGGGAGCUCCAGCGGUCCCGCUGAGGGCGGAAUCCUGUCCCUCAACGUCCCCGUCUACGACCUCACUCUGCUGGCUCCGCCCCCCUGCCAGCAGCUGGCGGCAGGGGCAGGCGGAGGCGGGGGGCUGCAGCAGGGGCAGGGGCAGCAGGCGGCGGCGGGCGGCGGCGAGGGGCGCCGUGUGGCGGGUCAGGCGCGGCUGCGAGGGGCGCUGCGGGGGC